UAAAAUUAACCUUUUGUAUUUUUCAGAAAUGAUGUAAGACUAAAGAAUGCGGUGGUUGUUACGGUUGCUUCUGGCAUUUAUUGCCGUCAUUUAUGGUGUUGUUGGAGGGUUUAUCCUUUUUGUUGGAAGUGUUUACGGAGCAACAUAUUUCAGUAACUUCAACGCUACAGCGCAGGAUAUAACUGCUAUAUGUCUUAUUUGCAUUGGAGGAGUAAUGGUUCUGAUCUCCCUGCUUGGGAUUGGUAGUUCCUGUUCCAGGAGCUUCGGUCUCUCCUACACAUUCUCCUUUUUCCUCCUCUUCUCCAUCAUCAUUGAGGCCAUUGCCAUCAUCCUAUUUGUUGUUUUCAGACCGGAAGUUGAUAAUGUUAUCGGCCUUGUAGCUAAGCAGACGACAGGAUCGUAUGGUGAGGUAACCUCCUUCUACACGAAAUCCUUGACAUAUCUGUGGGACGGUAUGCAGACGGGACUUGAGUGCUGUGGAGUUUACUCCUUCAAGGAUUGGUCUGAGACAGAAUACGGCACUAAGGCUGGUAUUCCCCAAUCCUGUUGUUCUAAAUCACAAGCUUGUGAUCUGAGAUCAACUUCAGAUGAUCCAGAUAAUAUAUUUAAGGUUGGAUGCUAUGAAGUGUUUGGAAAGAGUGUGGCAGAUCGUUUAGAAGUUCUUAUUCCAAUACUUGCUGCUACCUUCGUCUUGCAGGUAAUUAACCCUAAUAAACAGGGGGUUGGGGGUAGAAGUGCUUAUUCCAAUACUUGCUGCUACCUUCGUCCUGCAGGUUCUUGGUGUAUGUUUUGCUUGCUGUCUGGCCAGAUCUGUUCAAGUUGAGCAUUGCGCUCAGAUGCCGUACUAAGACUUGCCCGAGUGAGAUAAAAGAAAAUGGCGGAGAAAAACAAAGACAUUACAACUGACUUUGCGAAUUUUUUCCAAUUAAAGAUUGCGGAUUUUAGCUGUUGUAUUUGAUGUAUUUGAUGUAAAAUAGUUCAAUUUUACUAUGCUUUAUCAAAUCUUUGAUCAUAAGAUUACAAAAAAAGAAAAUUUAAGGUACUAGGUAUGUAAUUACUGUAGAUCUAAUUUCAUAUAGUUACCUUCCACUUGAAGAGUGGCAUGACCUAUUCAUGUCACUCUUAAACUGGACAGUCACUUUAAAAUUAGUCACUUCAGCCCCGUUAAUAUUAAUACUUCAAGAAAUACAUCUUUUAACUUCUUAAAUAUUUUAACCAAGUACUCGGAGAAAUCGAAAGAAUUUAUAAAAUGUCGUCUUGAUAAUUUUUCAAUGGUUUUUUUUAAACUUUAAUACUUAAAUCUCUGUAAUAGUAAUAAUACAAAUAGCCAUAAAUAUGCGGAACAGUUUCAUAGAACUUCGUAUAAUUAUUCAAUCAAAAAACUAGUUAUCUUCAGCAUUUCAAUAUCAGUAACAAAAGAAAACGACAUUUUAUAAAUUCGUUCCAUGUCUUCUAAGCUCUGGGUCAACCUGUUAUAUAAUUAAAUUUUUCAGAUUUUUGAAUUAUUUUACGGAUAAAUUUGGAAUCAAUUUUGUCUACAUAAAUGUAGUUUUCCUAUGUACACUUCAUGUUUAUAUGUAUUCAAGACUUUUCAGUACCUUGACUGAUGUUUAGUUGUUAUACAAUAUUUUUUCAAUUAGGUAUUACCAUUUUUGCAGAAAUAUAAAAUGUCGUCUUUUAUUACACUUUUUAAAUCUUAAUUUCUUAUGUUUAUCGAAUGGGUCUUAAAUUUAAUAUCUCAACCUAAAAAUGCUCUUAUCUAUCAAUAGAUAUUUUUUUGAUUCAUCAACAAGUGAAAUAUUUUUGUGUUGAUACUCUGUGUGUGUUCUGUGUAUAUAAAAGGACAAAUAAACCAUAUGAAUUUU